ACUAGUUUUACCCUAACCAUUUCUGCCAUACCUGAGAAAAUGGCGGCGUUGCGACUGUUGUUGUUGCUUCUACCUGUGUCAGUUUGGGGUAGAUGCAACAUCCCAGAUUAUUUCCAUGGUGACUGGUACAGCCGAGAAGCUGGUAGAGACAUUAAAACAUUGGUGAACGCCGAUAAAUGGGACAGUAAUGAAGAUGAUACCGAGUUAAACUGUGACGAUAUGUUCAUUCAUCCCAACACCGGUCUCCAGCAGGACGGCAACAAUGUCACAAUGCUAAUGAUCAAAAGUGGUGGAAGUGCUUCAAACAAGUGUUACAUGUGUGUUGAUGUUCUAUGGAGAACGGAUAACAUUUUGCAAUACAGGAAAGAGGACUGUAUUACUGCUCAGUCAGGGAACCAGAUCUCACUGAACGCUUCCUGUAAAUCUAUGAAUCCUUGGUAUGGUUUACCGAGCACAGACGUCACAUUCACCAUGUUCAGACAAGCUCCCAGGAAGAUAAACUGUGUGACAACAUUUGAGGGUGUGUACCAGUUCUCAUAUGAAGUGGAUCAAGGGGGCGGAGGUAUUUGUAAUCACCAAGACAGUCAAAUCAAGGCCUGUCAAGAACCCGGAUCCUCCUAUGUAGACAAUGAGGUCUUCCUCAUGACGUAUCGCAAGUGUCACGAUGUGUCAACGUCAAAAAAUGAACAGGUGAGGUACCAGUGUAUGGGUUCCUGGUUUGCUGUCAGAAGUGGGAUCGGCUACACGUACGCUGCUAUUGCAGACACUGUAGAGCAGGACACCAGAGAAAAAUUCAAGUGCUUGAUGACCUUGAAAAAUCAGAAAGAUGCCAAGAACCAGAUAAGAUGGGUGAUGUCUCGUUUUCCGGACUGCACGAGUUUGAGCGGUGUAUACAGAGGGCCUCUGAAACUAGUCCUGACAAGAAUUGCUCCGCCCACCCAGUACAUGGUUCCUCGUUGUAACUUGCCGAGAGACAUUGCAGGAAAAUGGUUCACGCAGGGGCCAGAAUUUAAAUCCGAUGUAGCAGUUAAUGAGACUCACAUCCACUUCCACACAGGACUCAACGAGUUCGAGUUUCAGGAUGCCUUCUAUUCAUGUCAACAAACAUUGGGAACACGAUACUUAAUGACCAAAGUGUUAGUAGGCAAAUGUGAAGUCGACUUUGUGUGUAUGGAUAUUGUACCUCGACAUCAUAGCAUUGUCCGAUAUAGAGUGGGUAAGCCUGCUCGCCGUCUGACAGAUGAAGAACUGAAGGAUUCCAACUAUCUGGAGAUUGUGUUCCGUGACGCCUGCAGUUGGAUGUCCUUUACCUUCAAUCGGGAAAUCAUAGAUUGGAAAUAUGAAGUGCUUAUCCAGAACCCGCCCACUGCAUACCCCUGUCCCGUUGGAGGCCGCUACAAUUUUGUCCAGAAUGCCGAUAAAGAGAACGAGAAAUAUCAGACGAGGAUUCGGGGGGUGACUCAGAAACCUCGCGUACAGGUGGACUGUCGAAUCGUAGUGUCCGAGAUCAAGUCCUGCAGCAAUGACUUGACCAAGAUUUUUGUUGAUGCUGAGUACUGUGAAACUGUGGACUACAGAGGGCGACCCAUUGGAGAAUACGAUGUUUCUGACCACGAGCUGACCUGUGUUGGGUUCUGGAUGGAAGAUUACAAGUCGUACAUGGUGACUUGGGACGAAGAAGACGCCAUCUCCAACUUCAGAUGCUGGGUAUAUGAGCGAGCUAGCUGGACCACGCUACACAUGUCUCGAGCCCAGAAUGCCCGCUGCAACAAAAAGCAAGAAGCCCUGGAUUAUCAAAUGGCUGGCACAGGGUUAAUGCUGGAAAUGACAGAAAAUGAACGACUCUUUGACAAUUGUCCACAGCGUUUCGACUCAGGUGUGAACCCAUACAAAUUACCCAACACCAUUUGGGUGCUGAAUACUGCAGCCAGUGUUAAGCCAUUCCAUUGGAUCCUCUCCCUGACUCUCUCUUGGAUCUGUGUACUGAUGUUUCGAUAAUUGUCAUAUAUGUAUCUUGUGUAUUGAAUGUCAGUGAACUUUUAUUCUGUUUGUAAUCAGAUGCAUAAAUGACAGUGUACAUGGUAAUGAAAAUCUGUAAGUGGCAGAUAUUAUGUGUGCAAUUGUACUCAGCAAAUUAUUAACAACAAUUCUUAUCGUUUUCCAAAUAUUUGAAUCACUGCAGCAUUCCACUACAUGCUUGUACAUAUAUUGUCUGUAUUCUGUUUUUUAUUCAAAUCUUUUCAGAACAGCAUUUGUGUUUUCCGUAUCACAAAUACAUGUACUAUGUGUAGAUAUCUAGAAACAUAUCGGGUAUUGAUUUUUUUUUAUGUAUACAAACAAACUCCUAAAAAAAAAGGUUUAGCACCACAUGAAUAUAUAAAUGAAGGAAA